GUGCCUUGUCCGCUAAAUACUAUGUCAUUGCGUGAUACGUGCGUGCGUGACAUAUGAUUAUUGUGUUGACCUAUGUCAAAAAGGACAAAUAGUACUUUAGUUGAUAAUUGCAAAUCUAGCGGUUUAAUACAGUAAAUUGCCGGUUGCCUGCUGCAACGACACCGCUGCACAACGAAUAAAAUCACAGAUUGAAGAUAAACCGGUUCACAUACAACUGUCAGCGCCUGAGCCAUGAAGCCGCAUUCCAGCUUAGAUUCCGCUACGUGGUACCUCAAGUACUUUGCUUUGCCCUUAACUGUUGGCGCAAUAACAAUGUAUAAAAUAUUGGAUUGUUUUUCUAACAGAAAAAGAAGAGUUGCAUUGCAAGGAAAGGUGGUGGUUAUAACUGGAGCCAGUUCUGGUAUUGGAGAAGCAUUGGCGCAUGCUCUCUAUGAACAGGGGAGUAAAGUUGUUCUGGCAGCUCGCAGAGAAGGAGAACUCAAUAGAGUAAAACAAGACCUGAUUGCCAAGAAGCUGGAUCUGCCUGUAGAAGAGCCUGUUGUGUUGCCACUGGAUUUGGCCGAUCUGGACCAAGUGGAGAACUUUGUGCAAAAGGUCUAUGAGAUUUGUGGACAUAUUGAUAUAUUAAUCAAUAAUGGAGGCAUUACACACCGUGGAGCUAUUGUUCAUACCAAGCUUGAAGUUGAUCAACAAAUAAUGUGUGUCAAUUACUUUGGCACGGUUGCAUUGACAAAAGCAAUUUUGCCAAAGAUGGUUGAAAGACAAUCAGGACAUAUUGCAUUUGUAAGUUCAGUACAAGGGCUGAUUGCAAUCCCAGGGCGUUCAGCAUAUGCUGCAGCCAAGCAUGCAAUGCAAGCAUUUGCAGAUUCCUUACGAGCUGAAAUGCAUCAGCAUAAUAUUAAUGUGACUGUUAUAAGUCCAGGAUAUGUGAAAACUGCUAUUUCUCUCAAUGCUCUUACUGGAACUGGAGAUAAGCAUGGAGUUAUGGAUCCCAGCACUGCAGCUGGAUUAUCUCCAGAGUAUUGUGCUGUCAAGAUCAUGGAUUCAAUAGUCAACAAAGAAAAGGAAAUAAUUAUCAGUCAAUUUAUGCCCAAAUUAGCAGUUUUUGUGAGACGGUCUAUGCCAUCAUUUUACUUUUGGUAUAUGGCCCGCAGGGCUACUAAAUCACCCAUUUAUUAAAUUUUGAUCCUUAUCUUGGUAUAUAAUUGUUGGACUUUAUACCAAACAAUAUUAAGGUAUUUAUUUUGUUAAUGGUGUAAGUUGUUACAAUUUAUGUUAUUUUUGCAAAUCAAACUACCUAUAAGGAAGUCUAAGAAAUAGGUGAUGUUAAACAUUGUUUUAAUUGGGAUAAGAACAACUUUUUAUACAAUGGCUUUGUUAUUAAUUUAUUGAUUUUUUAUUUAGGUAUCUAUAAGUCCUAGAAUUGAAAUAAAUACAAGGUGUUAAAUAAAUAAACCAAUGUGCUUAUUUUCUA